GCUUCAAAAACGGGUUGCAAGGCUCCCCAUGCUAUGAUCUCAUCCUGUGGCAUGAUCCCUGGCAACCCCUACCCCAAGGGCAAGCCAAGCCGCAUAAAUGGGAUUUUCCCAGGAACCCCUAUCAAAAAGGACACAGAGGAAUGUACUAAUGAAGGAAAGGGAAUAGCAGCCCGUAUACUUGGACCAUCCAAACCAGCUCCAUCAACCUACAAUCCACACAAACCAGUCCCUUACCCCAUCCCACCCUGUCGGCCACAUGCAACUAUUGCACCAAGUGCUUACAACAAUGCUGGCUUAGUUCCAAUGGCCAAUGUGGUAGCUCCAGGCUUACCUGCUGCUCCUGCUGCUUACACUGCUAGUCAAGUGGUGUCAGAAAAUGAAGACCUUUCCAGCCAGGCAAAACCUUCCCAAAAUCAAGCUUUUUCUGCACAAGCGAAUCAGCUCUUUACUCCUCAUGGUUCUAAUCCUUCAACACCUGCUGCUACUCCAGUCCCUACCCCAUCACCUGUCAAGGCAAUAAGCCAUCCAUUAGCACCUGCAACUCCACUCAUCUCUGGGAUGAACAUGUCUACCCCUGUCCUUCCUGUUUUCCCAGGACAGGUCUCCUCUUCCAUCCACACAUCUCAGCCAUCCACCCCGACCCCUACUGUCAUCAAAUCCCUUUCGUUGCCCGGUGUUCCCGUCACAUCUGUUCACAGUGCAACCUCUACCCCUGUCCCUGGAGUUUUUUCUGGGCUGGCUUCUCUGCCCAGUGCUACGCCAGCCCCGCAAGGUUCCUCCACACCGUGCGCCACGCCGGCGCCCAGCGAAGCUUUUGCAUCUGCUGCUGCACCAUUUGCUGGCCUCCCAUUUUCUGCAACCCCUUCAAUUGCUUCUGCUAAUAACCCCACUCCAUUGUCAUCCGUUUUCCCUGGCCUCCCUUUGUCCUUGCCACCCAACGCCCAAGGGAUUUCUAGUCCUGUUCCAUCCACAAUUGCUAAUUCUCCCGCCACUACCAUUCCUGGUUCGCUUAGCUUGCCUAACCCAAUUUUGUCUGUCUUGAAGGGAUUUCUGACAUCCAAUGACACUUCAUUAAUCAAUUCAUCUGCGUUACCUUCUGCUAUGACAAAUGAGCUUGCUUCUUUGUCUGCUCUGGCUAAUCAAAGCUCUGACCCUCCCGCUUCCUCCAUCAACAAAUGUUACACGCCAUCAGCCACCCCCACCCCACAGCGUUCCUCCACACCCGGGCUGGCCAUUUUUCCAGGUCUUCCAUCCCCAUCUGUAGCCAAUUCUAGUUCUACUCCUCCAACAUUGCCUGCACAGUCACCUCUAACCACUUCGCCAUCGAUUAUGCCAGUCAACUGUGGCUCAUCGGCCUCCCUCUUGCAUGGCGCCAGCCCUACUAAUCCCGAUCAGCAGCUCCCAUCAGCCCCGGCUGCCACGACUAUCCCAGUUAUGGUCAAAACGGAACCCAUGAGCCCGACCCUCUCGGCCUUCAAAGGCCCUUCUCAUUCGGCCGGCCCCUCUCACGGCUCCCUGGGGCUGCCGGCGCUGG